UCUCUCCUUGCGUGGAAUCCUUAAGAGAGGGCAGAGAUAAGAAGAUUUUCUUUAUUUAAAACGUCAAUUAUCUCAAAAUAAUUUUAACACAGACGAAAUAUUUGUUCCUAUUGACCAAGUUACGGGAAUCUACGAAACUGUAGUACAGCAUUUUACCAGAGAAGCAAGCGUGGUGUGGGACUUGAUGUUUUUCUGGCUUCACAACAAUGUCUCGACACGUCACAAAAAUAGUUGUGACUAUCACGAAAGAAUAGUGACUGAAAUAGUGAGUGAACUACUGCUGUUUGUGUUUGGAAACUUCAACAGAAAGUACACGGCUUCAAGUGUGAGAAUCGACGAACAACCGCCCCGUACACAGGACAACAUUUUCGUUUGUGCGAAACCUGUCGAAACUUACGGUCUGUGACAUCGCCGAGGAGACUGAAUCGGUAUUCUGCCAAGACGAUUCGUUUUCGAUUCAAACAAUAACUGUGUUUUUUUUUCUAGCGUUAUCUUAGAAAUGGUUUUGUGCUGGCAUUGGAAGAUAGUUCUGAAGCGUCUCCAACUGGGAUAACGCUUUCACCAUGACUGACUAUUUCGAUGAAGACAACUGUUUGAAGGAUCCGUCGUCCGGCACUGAGCAGAUUUCAGAAGAGAUUCCACGCACACUGUUCUCGCCUUUAAUCGCAGUUUUGGAAGACAGUGAAGGACAAGGCGUUGAGCGAAGCAGAAAUUUCUUAAACAAAAACAAUCUUGAAUUGCCAGCUGUGUUGUUGUCGCCUUGCGUGCGGACAAGCAGGUCUGAACAAAGUCUGCGAAGUGGAAGUUCCCGCGAAUUCCUUGAGUCACCUACGCUUUCAAAUGCUUCAAGAAACAGAUCUUCCUCUACUCUUGAACCGGAAGAAAAACAAUCGGCUGGUGGUCGUCCCAGGAAAAGAAAACUAUCGCUUUCUCUUCCGUGUUCUCCGUAUAGUUCUGAAUACUCACUUAGUGACGAUGCUUUCAAUGGAAGCCCUCAAGGUGAUACCACGUCCCCUCGAAAUGAAGGGAUUGUCAAUAAUCAUUGUAAUCAAGAAGAUACUUGUGAAAAGCAUGAAGAUUGGAAUUUUCCCUGCUCUUUCAACGGUCAUGGUCUUCUGGCGGGUUCAGUUAGAGACUCAACGGCUUCUUUGAACUAUCCAGAAGAAGAUAAACCAACAACAGAGUUGAACAAUGGUAGAGGUGGCUUGCCAGUCGCCUGUUCAACACCAGAUUUACAUCGGAAUAGAUCGGGUUGUUACAAAAAUCCUCCCAAACAGCUUUGCUGUUUAAUGCGUACAAAUUACACGCCUCUAUCGACACCGAGCUCGGAAUGUUCCUCUUCGAGAUUUUCAAACCAUAACCUUCGGGGAACAAAUGAUGACAAAAACACGAGCCUAAACGAGUCCGUUUUACCUUACGAAUACUAUAGCCACAAAAACAAUGCGAGUGAAAGUGACUUUCCUCUGGAGCCAUCAUCAACUGCAACAACACCAGCUUUAACUUCUGCUCUCAAUAACAGGCAAACCUUUCUAUUUCCAACUUACGAGGCCGGCUGCAAACAGCAUUCGACACCCGAUUUAAGAAUCAAGGAGACCCUCCCUCUUCCAAAGGAUUGGAGGCGAAGCCAAAGAUACCUUGCCCCUGCAGGGGAUGGGUUGCCCCCGGCGAAAGUUGAAGAGUCAAGUGCACGGUUGAAAACGUCCGAAAGGACAAGGUUAAAGAACUCUUCGUCCACAUUUCUUCAUCCCGAUAUGGCUCGUUAUUCAGGUUCCAACCAAUCUUCGGAAGGGAGCGCAAUAUCUUUGAUACGGACGCGUUCUUCAAAAUCCUCCUGCCAAAAAACUAAACAGUCGACUUUCCGUCAGAAAUUUCCACAGGCUUCGUCAAGCAUAAACAGCUCUACAUCUUCUGCCUUCGCAGACUCAUCAGGUACUAGGAGCCGAAGCUCCUUCACGAAAAGUUUUCUCUCGUUAAUAAAUCCAUCAAGAUUGCUCUCCAAGUUUCACAGCAUCUCUAAACAUAGUGUGCAUAGCGCGAAUUCGCGCUCGUCUCGUAAAAGACGAAGACAUAUCGAUUUCCCCGACGACGACAAAAUUGUGACCCUGAACGUUAGCGGAAGACGCUUCCAAAUCCGAGAUUACUUUCUUUCGAUUCACCCAAAUACUCUAUUAGGAGGUAAAGCAAGAAGUCUGUUUUACGACGAGACAAAGAACGAGUUCUUUUUUGAUCGCGAUCCGGACAGUUUUCGCUAUAUUUGGAACUUUUAUCACUCCGGACAACUGCAUUGUCCGCGAGAGGACUGCGUCCAGUCUUUUUUGGACGAAGUGGAUUUUUUCGGCUUAGACAUCAGCAUGCUUUGCGAGUGCUGUUGGUGCGACACGUUUCAAGUGGCACAUGAACGGUUAACAAAACGGCGCGAAGAACGUGAAGCUAGAGAGAGGGAGGCUGCAGACGCUGUGCAUGUUCUUGAUCCAAACGCGUCCUUCAGAGAAAAGGCUUGGAUGACACUGAAGGAGCCAUCUUUUUCUCGACUUGCCAAAAUCUUUUACUUGCUAAGCGUCCUCAUGAUCGUGGUCAGCGUUGUGGCGAACACGACAGAGACCAUUGCAUGUAAAGGAGUGAUUAGAAUUUGCAAAGAAGAAAACGAGGAGACAUAUUUCUACAUUGACACGGUCUCCGUCGGUGUUUUCACGUUCGAAUACCUGGCACGUUUGGUAACGUGCCCAAACCGUCUAAGAUUUAUCAUCAACAGAAUGAGCAUCAUAGAUCUGCUCGCAAUACUGCCUUACUACAUCGAUUUGUUACUGAGCUCUCUGUCGCUUGACGCACGUCUCGGCAUGAACGCUUUGGUAGUGUUACGAGUAUUACGAAUACUUCGCAUUUUCAAACUUCUCCGUCAUUCCAAGAGACUAAAGACUCUUAUCCAGAGCAUGAAAGACUCCGCCACAGAGCUUGGACUCAUAGGAUUCCUUUAUUUAGUUAUGGUCAUUUUAGUUUCAAGUAUUAUUUACUUUGCCGAGUUGUCGGAGGACACGCAGUUUUCCAGCAUCCCGGAAGCCAUGUGGUAUGCGGUGAUAACAUCAACUACCGCUGGUUAUGGUGACAUCAUCCCAGUCACAUUAGCUGGUCGGCUGGUUGGAAGCGCCUGUUGUCUGUUUGGUGUGCUUGUUAUCGCACUGCCUAUGCCAAUACUGCAGAUCAAGGUUAGUUAUACUGAAAAUGAAUUCUCAAAAAUUGCAAAUUUAUAGAGCCUGACACGAGAAAACGAGUCUCGCUUUUUCGCUUCUGCUCAUGUAUAUUUUGGGAGACUCGUUGGCCUCAUGGUUAGUGCGCUCGACUACGGAUCAAGCGUUCCGGGGUCGAGCACUAACCGGGGACAUUGUGGUAUGUUGUUAGAUAAGACAAUUUACUCCCACGGUGCCUCUCUUCACCCAGUUGUAUAAGUGGGUAUCGGCGAAUUUAAUGCUGGGGGUAAUCCUGUGAUGGACUAGCAUCCCAUCCAGGGGGGAAGAGAAAUACUCCUAGUUGCUUCAUGCUACAGUACAUAGAAGCCGGAGAUAAGCGCAGGCCUGAUGGGUCACUUGGCUCGUAUGCAGACUUUACCUUUUUUCAUAUAUAUUUUACUCAGAUUUCAAUCUAUUUCCAUUCUCGUCCUACUAGCCAACCCAGUAAAAGGUAAAGUCUGCAUACGAGCCAAGUGGCCCAUCGGACCGGAGCUU